CUCAUGUAUUUUGUCUCUUUGUUUUGUGUGUGUUGGCCCUGUUCUCCUUUGAUUUAUUUAUUUGAAAUUUCUUUGGAGGCCUUCUUGGAGUAUGGCAUGAUGUGAUAACAAAACCACAUUUUCCCUCCCUGUAGAUUGGUUUAUACAGAGAAUGGGGGGGAACUAUGGGAAAUUUGCACAAUUAAGGACAGCUGUGUCGGGGUAUAGGAUGGACAUAGUCCACCAAUGGAAGGUCAGGUGAAUCAGCUUGACUCCUCCCCCCCUCCCGUUCUCAUGCUAUAUGGGAUGGCCUCAGUUUUUUUUGUCUACCUUUCUCUGAAGAAGCACGAGUGGUGCGAAACGUCAGGAAUUUUUUUCUUUUAAAAUUUUAAACCAUACUCCUUUUAUCUUUCUUACCCUUGAAACAAAAGGUUUGGAUGAUGUGAAAUAGAAGAGGAUUACUCCAUUACUCCAUCUCACUAUUCCAAAAAGGACACAAUUUUUCCAACAAACAAAGAUAAGCACAUGGACCUUUGGAGACUGGUUGGGGAUGGUAUGGAAGAGCUCCUUUCUGUAUGAGAUAUCCAUUUUUCUGGGUUGGUGAGUACUCCCAAAACCACUGUGUGUACACAUGAAGAUUUUAAAGUUUGGAGUGGAUUGAAGCUGAACCACUAUCAGAAUUGAACCAUAAAGGAGUGAUCACUUGUGAAUGAAGUGUUUUUUUCCCACUUGAGAGGGGAGAGGUUUUUUUUCCUCUCACCUUAGUGUGGAGUGCUUUCCUAGAGAGAUUGUUUUUAUGGAGUAACAACCGAACCUAUAGUGGAGAAUUCGUACGGACUGCUCUCUGGUAUACAUUCCCCUUACUCCCUCUCCUCAAACAAUUUUUUUUGAGGGGUUGAGGCCUGUAUGAGGCUUAACUGCCAUUUCUGGAGCAACCACCAGAUGGCAACAGACAAGGACUUAUUGUAGGAGAAAAGGAGUUGUGAGUUGACCUCCAUCAUCACCUGUUAUAUUGGGUUUUGUUUCAUUGGAGUUUCUUUUCUAAAAUCGGGCCAAUAUUUGUUUUGUGUUUUUGGUUUAUAAUAUCAUUUUCUUAAAUGUUUUUUGUCUUCUGUGUGGGUAUAUAUAUUUCUUUGGUUGACUGGGUCUAAUUAUAUAUUGUGGGGGGGAUUUUAACGUUUAUAUGAUCCCUUCUUUUAGUUGGGUUUCCCAGCAAGGGUUCCGGCUAUUGGUUCUUUACCAUGGCAGUGCCAGUACACAACCGUUUCCAGGCUCUAGUUAACCUACAUGAUCAGGGUAUGGUAAGACAGGUGAAUAAAUUGGCGGCCUUUAUUAAACCCUCCUCGCCCAACCAACAGACUCUGGCAAAGCAGGCUAAAUCCAGUUAUGCGGCUGCAGUGACUAGCAAGUCACCGACUGGCAGGGCCUUAAUGGGAGCCAAGGCCCAUAGGGACUCUGGAAUAUGCAGGAAUACUCCAGGGGGAUCGAGUGACAACUCGGUAAGGGGUAAUAGGGUUGAGGAACAGUCUUCCAGUAUUCCGGUAGACAGACCGAUUAACCAUAACCUGACUACCAACAGCAAUACCACAGGGUUUGUUGGGGGCAUACAGGGAAGGGAGGUACAGGUGGAGGUUCAUGUGGGGCUUACUUCUCCCCAUAGAGUGGUUCCCCCUAUGAGCUCACCUACUAACCAACUAUCUCCCCUCUUACGGGAAACCUGUCUCACCCCUCGGAAAGUAGGACCUGUAAAGAGUGGAGGGGCUAGCUUCAGACUUACCCCAACAAUCAAGAAGAGUAAGGAGAUAUUUAAUCCCCAAACUCAACGACCAAGAGAGAAUCUGGCCCCACCUAAAGUCCCAGCCUUGAUAAUCCCAGGUUCACAACAAGAUAACCAGCAGGGUACGGUAGCAAUGGAAAACGGAAAAGAAACGGAACCUGGGACAGAACUAAUACUGGAACCUGUAAAAAGGGAUACACUUUUUUAUCCCACAUGUCAUUCUAGAACUGAAAGGAAAAUAAAUGAUUGGAGUAUUGAGAUUACAAAACCCGUGGUUUUUAUUGGGGAUUCCAACCUUGCGCGCAUUCCUAGCUUUACGGACACUAACACACAGAUAGACAGCUUUCCGGGAGCAACCUUUAGACAUAUUGCAGGAGUGAUAGGCAAGUUGGGGAAACAGGAAAACACACAGAAGGUGGUUCUAUCAGUGGGUCUUGUCAAUGGCUUGAACCAGCAGUACUCAACUGCAGUCAAGCAGUUGCAACAGCUACUGAAUAAAACAACUGAAGUUUUUCCUCAUGCACAGGUUUAUGUUCCCAUCAUACACUUUUCGGAUGAGCUUUCAUGGGAAAAGCAGAAUGUUCUGAAUCAAUUGAAUCAGUAUAUUCAGAAAAAUUGUAGGGAACUACUAGACCUGAAUAAACUUAGAUUUCACACAAUGCAGGAUGAUCCAAUACAUUGGAGACCAGAUACAGCGGUAAACAUUUUAAAUUACUGGCUAGACCAGUUAAACUAUUAA